AUGAACACCGCUCCCCAACAACUCAAAGUUCUGCUGACCGGCGGUGCCCGAGGAAUUGGGCGCGGACUGUUCAGACAACUCCUGACAGCUGGACACGAUGUCAUAAUCCUAGACUCCAACAAGGAAGAGCUAGAGCAUGUCAGAUAUCGAGCACAAGAAUGGUCAAAAGGGCGGAAGGAGAGCUGGUUUGCGCUUGAAUGCGACCUCAGCAAGCGAACGGAAUUGAAGACUGCUGUCGACGAAGUUGAAAGAAAGUUUGGGGGCAGGCUCGAUGUUUUGAUCAACAAUGCUUUCCCCACCGAUCUCUCACUAUCCGAAGAUCGAAGUAUGGAAGCUGAAGGAGAAGACAUCGAAAAAGAGUGGGAUUUGAAGGUUGCGAUUGGACUCACUGCGCCGUACAUACUCAGCCGCCUUUGCGUCCCACUUCUAGCUGCUGGACGCUCCACUCCGAACUCUCCUGGUACUAUCAUCAACAUGUCAUCAACGCGCGCCUACCAAUCUGAAUCUGACCACGAAGCCUACUCAUCCGUCAAAGCUGGACUGUUAGGAUUGACACAGUCGAUGGCAGUAUCUUUAGGCCAUCGUCACAAGAUCAGGGUCAAUGCAAUUAUCCCGGGAUGGAUUCACGUAGCCAACGAGAACAAAGCUGCAGAUGAUGGUAAUGUCAAGUGGGAGGAAGGCUUGAGCAAGGAAGACACUGCUUGGCACCCAUCUGGGCGAGUGGGUAAAGUGGAGGAUAUCGCGAAGGCGGUAGAAUACCUCAUUGGAAACGAGUUUGUGACUGGUCAGGAGGUUGUCGUGGAUGGCGGUGUCGGGAGAAAGAUGGUCUACCCCGAGUAA